GAAGAAGCAAGGGUAUAUUCGUGAGCAUAACUGUUUUGUUUCUCAAGACCCUUCGUGUUUCGCCAUAUUGUGUUUCAUCUUUUCUCUCGCUAGGGUUUUCAGAUAGAAACGAUGGCUCGCCGAAGCUCUGGCGGUGGAAGAUCAGCACCACGUGCUGCUCCCCGGGCCACUCCGGUGCGCAAGCCACCUCAAGCAGCUAGCCAUGCUCCUCCUCCAGCUCCUGUUCAGAGUGGUGGUGGUGGUUCUAUGUUUGGAGCAAUUGGUUCUACCAUAGCACAAGGUAUGGCGUUUGGAACUGGGAGUGCUGUAGCACACAGAGCUGUGGAUGCUGUCAUGGGUCCUCGGACCAUUCAACAUGAAAAUGUUGCAUCUGAAGCUUCUGCACCAUUAGCAUCCGGCAACAGUAUGGUAUCUGAUGCCUGCAAUCUUCAUUCCAAGGCCUUCCAGGAUUGCUUGAACACAUCUGGAAGUGAAAUCAGCAAAUGCCAGUUCUACAUGGAUAUGUUGGCAGAAUGCAGGAAGAACUCUGGUUCCAUGAUGGGUGCCUAAUUGUGUCUAUUCAUUGUUUUAUUGGUUGGGGUUUUAUCUUGUUUUUUCCUGCAGUUGUUUAAAAGCAACUAAAUCAGGUAAAUUUAUGGAGUAUAUCUGAAUUGGGAUACAUUUUAAAAAUAAAUCCAAUAUCACUGUUUGAUAUUGUAUGAUGGAUUAUUAUUAUUAUAAAUUCUCUGUUGCUCUCCACAACCUAAAUUCUCUUGUUUUUUCUGAUGA